ACACACACACACACACACACACGCGCGCGCGCGCGUGCGCUUUAACAUUGUAAACCUGAAUACCCCAUAAUAAAUCAUAACAAAUACAAAAAGUAAAAGUACUCAUUAUGCAGAAUGGCAUAUUUCAGAAUGACAUAUGUUACUGUAAUGCAUUACUGCACACAUCACAUUAAUGUUGCAGCAGGUAAAGAUGUGGUACAUUUGAAUUACUUCAUAUACUACUGGGAAGUAUUAUCUAAUUCAUCAUCCUCUUAAUCAUCAUAAUAUUUUUCAUACUGUGAACUUCUGCACAUUCCUUGGACAAUUUACAAAAAAAAACUGCAUAGAUCUUUUGUUUUUACUCGGAUUUUUAAAAUAAUAUUAUAUAUAUUUCUUAUUUUGAUUCUGAUAGUGUGUGGUGAAUAAUAGACCACACGUUUCGUUAGGUGGCGAUGUUGACCUAUUUUAACAUGUUCGCCACCUGCAAACCAACAGAAGAAAAAGAAGAUGCAGGAAGAUGGCCCCUGAAAGCAGUGAUGGCGUUACUUCGUGUUCUUGUAAAGGCAUCCGGCGGUGUCUGAAGUGUGAAAAGUUAAAGGGGAAAGGACAACUGGAGACGAAUGAACCGAAGAUUGUGCAUCAUUUGCUCUAUGAUCCUGAGACGGGACUUGCCAUUCACAAAGACGCCAAGGCUACGUCCUUCCCCUUUCCUGGUGUCUUCCUGCGAGAGAACUUCAUAUCAGAAGAGGAGGAGAAAAACCUGAUAAGCACAAUAGACCAGGAUGUGUGGAAUGAGUCCCAGUCUGGUCGAAGGAAACAGGACUUUGGUCCAAAAGUUAACUUCAAGAAAAGGAAAGUGCGUGUAGGUGGCUUCAGUGGACUGCCUGCUUUGAGCCAAAAACUAGUGCUCCGAAUGCAGCAGGAGCCAUGUCUAGCAGGCUUUCAACCAGUGGAGCAGUGCAAUCUGGAUUACCAUCCUCAGCGAGGCUCCGCCAUCGAUCCGCACCUAGACGACUCCUGGCUGUGGGGGGAACGCCUGGUCACCAUCAACAUGUUAUCGAACACUACGCUCACUAUGUCCCUCGAACAGGGUCUGCCAGAGUUGGGACUGUCAGAGGAAGUCCAUGUAGCUGUGCAUCUUCCUCGCAGAUCUUUAGUAGUGUUAUACGGCGAGGCACGGCACAGAUGGAAACAUGCCAUCCAUAGGGACGAUGUUCACGAGCGCAGAGUUUGCAGCACCUACAGAGAGCUGUCUGCGGAGUUUCUACCUGGAGGGGCGCAGGCAGAGCUGGGAGCUCAGCUGUUGAACAUUUCUUUGAGCUUCCAGGGAACGCCAAUAUAGGCUCAUCUGAUGAUGCAGAGGAAGGUUGUACUAUGGCGGUGGGGGUCCAGUUUCCUGACUUGAUAAAUUCAAUUUUAAACUAAUUUCUAUCAAAUAGUCUUUAAAUGUUUGAGUUUCAAUCCUACAGUCUUACACAAAUGCAGUUGUUAUUGUUGCUGCAUUGUUAGUCACAUACAAAUAUACUACCAGAACAUACUGUCUACCAGUGUUACACUAAUCUAUAAUAAACUCUGAGUCACAAAACUAAGUAAAAAGAUCUGUCACAUGAAGCAGUCCUGUAUAGCAAUUGUCCUUGAGCGUCUUCACAGCUUUUAUGUGAUUAUCUACUAGUCACAGGUCUGAGACGCCAUUUAUCCUCAUAAAUUGAGGAACUGGGCAAAUGGGCGGAAGCUGUCUUUAAGAGCCGCACAGUGUGUUCUGCAAAUCUGAAUCUUUUCCAACUCUUGUAUUUAUAAUAAAAAGAAAC